AUGCAGAGCCCCCGCUCAUCUCCCCGAGCUCACCAGCAUCUCAAUCUCGCAAGACGAUCCGCCGUAGCGUGUAAUCGAUGCCGCAGCAGGAAAACCAAGUGUGCCGGCACGCCGCCCUACGCGUGUGUCGCCUGUCGCAACACUCGCCAUACGUGUACAUAUCCAUCGUCGGAGAAAAAGAUUACAGUUCCUGAGAGGUCGGUGUCCAGCUAUUUCCUCGAGCUGCAGGCGAGAGCACGCUCUUCCAACUCCCAGCCCGUUGACGCACAUGCCGAGCCAGGCCCCGCCGAGUCGACGGAGAAUGUCUGGGCCCUGACCGAAACUGGGAACUGGUUUUCCGGGGAUUCAGGGCAGUAUCAUUAUAUGGGAAGUUCCUCCUCCAACUACAUCGCAAACAGCAUCAAUCCAACCACGGAAACAUUGGCGUGGCAUUUGCAUCCGCAUUUCACAGAUGACUCAUGGAUCAGGCGUGACAUUAGCCCCAUGCUGCCCCAGCUUCCUCCAUAUGAGCAUGCGAAACGACUCUACCGAGGGCAACAUGCCUACCUCGGGACAAUAUUCUCCUUCGUUCGGGAUGCCGAUUUCUACCGCAGAUUAGACAUGGUCUACAGUCGACCUCCCAAUAUUGGUGAUCGCGAAGACUGCUUAGUGUACUGUCAGAUGCUCCUGGUUUUUGGCUUCGGACAAAUGUACUCGGUAAAUCAGUGGAUCGGGGAUGACGGACCUCCCGGAUUCUUCUACUUCAAAAAUGCGCUUAAGUUCCUCCCGGAGGCUUACGAAGAUGGAUCGAGCCUGUUUGUGGAGGUCCUUAGUUAUGUCGCGUACUUUCUGCAGGCACUGAAUCGAAGGGACUCGGCGUACAUCUACGUCGGCCUUGCUCUUCGAAUGGCCAUAUCCCUGGGUCUUCACCAGGAAGUAAUGGAUCAGGCUAUUACUGCCGAGGAACGGGAGCACAGACGACGGGUUUGGUGGUCCGUAUAUAGCAUGGAUAGGCUCCUCUCUCUUACCUCGGGUCGUCCCUUUUCCAUUCAAGAUGCCGACAUCAAUCUAGGGCUCCCAGGUCAAGUUGGCGACGAGGACCCCCGGAUCUCCUCGAUCUUAGCCUCCUAUGCGCAGCUAUCGAGGAUUCAGGGAACAAUAGGGGAGGAGAUCUAUCGGAAGAAACAGGCAUCAAGCGGCAGUUUGUUUGCAUCCGCCCAGAGGAUCAUGAGGAGCCUAUCCGACUGGUUCGGUAAUUUGCCCGAGGAGCUGCGGAUCAACACAUCAAGCGCACCGACUGGCCUGAGCCGUGGCAUCAUCUCAACCCAGCUCCACUAUUACCAUUGUAUCAACAUGACCGUCCGCCCACUCCUACUGUACGCCGUGCAACGACAAAUGGCGGCGAACACCGGGCCGUCCGGCCAUUCGAUAUGGGCAGGGGGUCUGCAAUCCAACAUCAUGGGCAUCAUUGACACGUCCAUCGCGGCGGCACGGUCAAGCAUGGCGCUGUGGAAAAUGGCUGCGGAGUACAAUCUCGUCGGUAAGUGGACAUGCCCUCGGCUCCCUACGGCAACGACCACACAGAUUAACAGCGAAUCACUAGCAACAUAUGGAUUCAUCGACGGGGAACAAGCGUUCUCUAACGCCUUACUACUUGUUAUGGUGAACAUUGCAUUUCCGUACAAGGAUCAAGAUGCAUCGGCCAUGAACGCCGCGCUGGCGGUUCUUCACGGGAUGGCCGAGAAAGGGAACAGAUACAUUCAAGCCUGCCAUUCGCUGCUGGUCAGGAUAUCAAGCAACAUGAACUCAAUUGUUCCGGCAACCAGGGCCAAUGCAGAAUCCGGCAUAUCUCGGAAUGCAGGGGACGCCAUGUCCGCAAUCCACAAAGACGGCGCCACGCGACCGACGGACUCGACGAACGGCACAGAUCGAAUCCCUGAUGGUUCGAUAGGUCUGGACUCCUGUGAUGACCCAGGUCUCUGGGCGGAGGUUCUGGAUUCGAUUGGGAUUGAUAUGGACAGGCAAUGGAUCGAGUCGGCAUUGCUGAGAGAAUGA